GUCAGUGACAGUGAUAAAUACGCCGACCUCUUGGUGUUCGGAUAUGCCUGCAAAGUGUUUCGAGAUGACGAACGGGCUCUUUACCACGAGCAUGGAAAACAUCUUAUCCCAUGGAUGGGGGACAAGAGCAUCCUGAUCGAUAGGUCGGUUGAACAAACUUAGACUGAAAACAUUCUUACUAACCAAAUAUCUCCUGUCCGUUAGCCUAUCUCAAACAUGUUAAAGACCACUGUGGAGUUUGUCUUGCAGAAGUCUGGGGAAUAAAACAUUUGCAAUUAUCAACGAAUGUUUGAUUUUAUGCUUGUAAUUAUAUCUAUGGUCGUCUUGACAUGGCAACAGAACAAAUUUGAAGUUUGUACCUUAACAUGUGAAAAUGCAAUUCCAGGGCUAACGGUAGCCACGCUGCUAAACCACUAACUAAGACAAAAUACUAAGAACUAAUGUGGUGGUUUUAGUUACAUUAGUUAAAACCACAUGCAUUACAAAUAGACCUAGCAAAGGAUGCUGUAAGUGAAACUACAGUGUUCUUUUUUGUUAAGCAAGCAAACAUUCUACAGUCCUCUUGGUCAUCCUGGCUCGACAAAUGCAACUCCAAGCAUUUCAAAAAGUUGUCUAGCUUCAGAUAGCAUUUACACUCAAUACAGUUCUUUUUUUAAAAAUGCCUUGUUUGAUGAUUGUGGCCAGAAGUCUAUAUGCAUCAUUAUUUUAGGUAGACAAUACAAAAGAGACUUGGCAGUGGUCAGCUUUGAGUGAGAUUUUGCAUUUUCACACGUUAACAGAAUUUCCUCUGGAAGAGUUUUCUCCAUGCCGACUUUGUGGUAAAAAAAAAUAAAUGGCUGUAUCAAACUAUGACACAGUAUUUCUGUCUUUUUAAUAAUAAGCAUUCACACAAAAAACAGAUGGAGUUAAAACUGAAGUGGUUGGUUGUGAAGCUUUGUGUAAACCGUAAGACCAGAGCAAAUUCUAACAAUGACUGAAGUUGCUGUGGUUAAGGUGAUUUAAAAAAAAAUCAAAGGAAAACACUUUAGAACAAUUAGACAAAGUUUGUCUGGUGUGGUCCUAUUUGCUUGCUUGAGUUCUUUCAAUUAUUUGGUAAUGUUGCAUUACCAAAACCCAAUCAGCACUACUACCAAAUUUAACUAAUUAAGCAAUUAGCCUAACCUAAUCAUCUUAACCUGCAGUGACCCCACCUGUGUUUUAUCUGUACAGCUUUUGUAUGUGUGUCUUUAUCACAUAACCCAGUUUUCCCCCAGCAAGGUAGGCUAAGGGGUCCUGCCAAAACCCCGAAUGCCAACUUCGGCACUUCUUUGUCUUCAUGAAGAAGCCUCAGCUGGGAUGUGGCGUAGAGGGACGAACCUUGGAAAAUGUCAUCCAUUUGGGUUCUUACGGAUAGAUACGAUGGACGUGGUCACUUGCAUGACCUCUCAGAAUAUGACAGCGGGUCAUGGAAUACGUCCUACCAGCUGUCAGAAGAAGAGGCCAGAAUUGAGGCGCUGUGUGACGAGGAGCGAUACCUGGCUCUGCACACUGACCUGCUGGAAGAAGAGGCCAGACAAGAGGAGGAGUACAAACGUCUGAGUGAAGCUUUAGCAGAUGAAGGCUCCUACACCGCAGUGGGCUACAAAUACACAGCGGACUACUACGACCCAUCACAGCCUACAGAAGAAGAGGAUGCAAAGAGAGAAGCAGACGAAGCAGAACCUGAGGAGAGUGAGGAGCCGUUUGUUGCUCCCACAGGGCUGGACAUCCCCCCUGAUGUGGAACUGCCAGCAACCGUUAAGACCCAUAACAUCAUCGAGAGGACAGCCAGCUUUGUGUGUCAGCAGGGGAUCCAGUUUGAGAUCGUGCUAAAAACCAAACAGGCCAGCAAUUCCCAGUUUGACUUUUUGCGCUUUGACCAUUAUCUCAAUCCUUAUUACAAACACAUCCUGCGGGCCAUGAAGGAUGGUCGAUACAACCUUGCCUCCACCAAGAAGCAGGAGGAGUCUCAGGAGCAAACCUCUGAUGAUUCAGAUGACGACGGAGAUGGGAACUACCUUCAUCCCAGUCUGUUUGCUCCUAAAAAGUGCUCUCGUCUGGAGGAACUGGUUAAGCCUCUUAAAGUCAUAGACCCUGACCACCCUCUGGCUGCUCUUGUACGAAAAGCACAGCAGGAAAGAAAUGGCAUGGCCGUGGUUGAAAACAAGCCAGAGGAAGUAACAGAGCCAGCUGCACCCACCACACAGGCACAUUACACAGCUGAACCAAUGUAUUAUGGCUACUACAUGCUCCCUGACGGAACGUACUGCAUGGCCCCGCCGCCCCCCGGGGUAGAUGCAAACUCCUACUACAGCAACAGCGUGUCCUCAGCCACGGUGACGGCUCCCUCUACUGCUGCUGGAGUUUUGCCUAAUGCAGGCACCACAGUCGCCCCCCCUGAGACUGUCACCCCCACACCACAAUCUACAGCUUCCUCUCAGGUCACCGCUUCUGCUGCUCCAACGAGUGCUGUUGAAACAAGUUCCAAAAACAAAGCUCAGCCAAGCUCAACACAAGUGGCUGCAGCUAUCAUCCCUCCGCCCCCUGACCUCCAGCCAGUCAUCGACAAACUGGCUGAGUACGUCGCAAGGAAUGGCCUAAAGUUUGAGGCCAGUGUCCGUGCCAAGAACGAUCCACGAUUUGAAUUUCUCCAGUCCUGGCAUCAGCACAACACUUAUUAUGAGUUCAAGAAAAAUUACUUCUUGCAAAAGGAAGGAAAAGCAUGUGCUGAGAGUGGAGCAGAAGAAGGCGACGACAAGCUCCAGUCAGACAUGAUGGACGAUGACUCCAAGCUGAGCAAAGUCGCAGCCUCUUUCGCGCCCAUCUCUUUUGCUAUCAAGGCAAAGGAAAAUGAUUUACUCCCACUGGAAAAGAACAGAGUACGACUGGAUGAUGACUCAGAUGAGGACAAGCAACUGCUGGAGGAGGAAGCGCUGGCAGCUGUGAUGGUGGGAUCAGAUGUGAUUGACAAGGAAUUGGUCCCGCCUAGUGUUCCGGAGGAGAAGAGACCCAGCCUCAGCUUGGAAGAGCUGGAGGCAAAACAAGCCAAGCAGAAACUGGAGGAUCGUCUGGCAGCUGCAGCCAGGGAGAAGCUGGCCCAGGCGUCAAAGGAGUCAAAAGAAAAACAGCUACAGGCUGAGAGGAAGAGGAAGGCAACGCUGUUCCUCCAGACCCUGCGCACCCCCUCAGCUGGAGAGCCUGGGGCUAAGAGAGCGGAACUGGAUCCUUCUGUGCAGCUCGAGAUGCAAGAGGCCCUUUCUGCUCUGUCUGACCUUGUGCCGUCACAGAUGUCCUCUACACCAUCUCUGUAUUACCAGGAUCAGAUACCCCCCAAAGAGAACCAGGGAUCCCAUCGCAGCAAGGACGCCCCCUCGGCGUCCUCAUCUUCAUACAGAGGGACAGAACGUGACAGAGACAGAGACAGAGACAAAGACAAUAUAAGGGAGAGGGACAGAGAGAGGGACAAAGAAAGAGAUAGAGAAAAAGACAGGGAUAGAGACAGAGUUAGGGAUAGAGACAGAAACAGAGACAGGAACAAAGGAAGAGACAAAGACAAAAAGAAGAAAAAGCACAGGAGGAGGUCAAGGUCGAGAUCAAGAUCAAGAUCAAGGUCGAAGAACAAACACUCUCUACCCAGUGCCUACAAAAGAUCUCGCAGGUCACGAUCCCGUUCACACUCCCCCGGGAGAAGAGACAGGAGGAGAAGUCAAGAGAGAGAUAGGGAUCGGCAUCGUCACAGUCGCAGCAGUAUACCCAGGGGGCGCUCCAGAUCCAGAUCCCCUGCUGACAAACGGAGGAGCUCCUUGUCAGGACAGACCCAAACUGUCGGGGCCUCUUUCUCUCCUUACUCCUCACCAGGCAGGGUUCUGUCUCAGUCGGCAAGUCCUGCUUCCAGCCAGACAUAUUCUAGGGGGGGCUCUCAGGAGAAAGACAAGGCAGUGUCCUCAUCCAUUGUGUCCUCAGUUCAGUCCAAAAUAACUCAGGAUCUAAUGGCCAAAGUGCGAGCCAUGCUCGCCACUUCCAAGACCUUCCAAUCUUCUAACUCCUAACGAGGACGUAAGUUCUGAUCUGACACGACCGCCUCAACCAACCAGUGAGCUGCAGUUUUUAGAUUUUGAGAUGUUAUUUAGAUCCGAUUCUUUGUUGUUGUUUUUUUCUAAAAUUCUGACAGUUUCAUGUGAUUUAAAUUUUGGCUGCAGCAUCGCCUCACAAAAACAACUCUGAAUCUGAGAAAUCAGAUUGAAGAUCACAUUGGCGGUUAACAUUUUUUGAUGCAGGGGAGAUUUAAGUAAACCAUAUGAUUUUCUUCAACCCGAUGAAAGAGACGUGGCUUCUCCUCCUCCGUGUUGACAGUCAUUCUCUGCAGCAUCACCUCCUGCUGACGGAGGUCCUUACUUUCUUUCCUUCUGUGAAGGAUUGCGCCGAUAAUAUCAGUUUCUUGCCUCCUCAUCUGCUACUCUCUGCUCUUGUGUCUUUUCUCAACACAGCCAUCUGGGGAGCAGUUUUAUUUUUUUGAUUCUGACCUUCAUACUCUAUCGUGUGGCCUUCUCUCUCUCAAUUUUGUGUUUUUAUUUUAUUUUAUUUUUUUUUUUUGUUUGUUUUUUGUUUCCAGUUUGUCCUGGAAUGAUUGAUUGCCGUACUUCUUUCUCAUCAAAUUGUUAAAUAAAGUUUCAAGCCUCUUUAAUUAUCUUCUUCUACUUGACAAACUUGAGUGUCUGUGUGUGUGUGUGUGUGUGUCUGUCUCUCUGUCUCUCUGUCUGCGGGAGUUAUAAUGGACAUAAAACUAAAGCAACUGACUCAAAAUCCCAUUCGUUGAACAGUGAUAAGAUGUGUAACGCGUCCGAUAUCAGCAGCGGCGCUGAUAAUCUUGACAAAUACAUCAGUCGAUCAGCUGAUGUCCUCUGGCUACUACCUGCCGUUCACCAGGUACAGAACCUGUCGGGAGAUUCUGUCUUGAAUAAGCCUCAGGCUGCUCGUAACAGAUUAAAUAUUGGAUAGAUACGGGGCAUCAGAAUGAUCAAUACAAUAACAAGAUGGAAAAAAAAUGGAGAUGGUUAAUGGUGGUUCUUAAUUCAUCUUUAAUCUCCCUUUAAUCUUUUAAUAAUUAAAAACGAAAGAUAAGUUAGUUCAUCUCCAGUUGACUGAAAAAGCUUUCAAAACAGCACACAAUAAAAAAAGUAACCAAGUAUCUCUAUAAUAAAUAAAAAAGUAUUAAAUAAACAGCAGAAAAUGUCAUUAAAUAGGAAAAGCAAAAAAAAAAA